CCGCCAACCCCUAACACCAGAAAGCCGCGUGAAUUCACUGUAGCAUUCUCCAUUGAAGAACUCAGGACGGCGUCAAUCAUUCAUCUCUUAAUAGUUAAUCCAUUUUUAGUCCUACAAGAAUGUCCUUUUCAACAAGUCUUAAUCAUCAUCACUAUCAACUAAUCAACCUCAUUGUUUUUAAACUAAUGAAAAACCCAGUCAACCCUUCACAGAAUACAUCAAAUUCUUCUUCAAUUUAAAUUUCUGUUCUUUCCCAUACCAGAAAAAUCUCUCCCCCAAAUUUACUCAAUGAAUUCAUUAUCAAAAUUCGCCUUUGGGUUUUUGCUGCUACUAUGUUUCUGCUGCUUUACCGAGUCCAGAUGCUCCAAAGGCUGCGAUUUGGCUUUGGGUUCUUACUAUGUCUGGCGAGGGACAAACCUCUCCUUCAUCGCCGAUGUUAUGAAAUCAUCCAUUCUAGAAUCGCCCAACACAAUUGUCAGCUACAACAGAGAUCGAGUCCCAAACAUGGACAGUGUCCAAGCAGGGAUCAGAAUCAACAUCCCUUUCCCGUGCGACUGUAUCAACGGUGAAUUCCUCGGCCACGUGUUUCAGUACAACGUGGUAACUGGUGAUACCUACGACGUCGUCGCCAACCGGUACUAUUCUAACUUGACCACGGUUAACUGGUUGAAGCAGUUCAAUAGCUAUCCGGAGAACAAUAUACCCGACACCGGUGCGCUUAAUGUCACCGUGAAUUGCUCAUGUGGGGAUAGUUCGAUUUCAAAGGAUUAUGGUUUGUUUAUUACGUACCCACUUCGGCCUGAAGAUACUCUUGAUUCUAUUGCAAAUGCAUCCAAUAUCAGUGCUAACUUGCUGCAGAGAUAUAAUGUUGGUGCCAAUUUUAGUCAAGGAAGUGGUUUGGUUUAUAUUCCAGGCAAAGAUGACAAUAAUAGCUAUCGGCCUCUGACGUCAAGCACAGGGAUAGCAGGUGGAGUUAUUGCUGGCAUAUCCAUAGGGGCAGUAGCUGUGGUGCUGUUAGUAGCAGUUAUUGUGUACUUUAGAUUUUAUCAGAAAAAGAAGUUGAAGAAAGCAAUAUUGCUUUCUGGAUCUAAUGAUCUCUCUGCUCAAGCUUUGCAAGCUCCUGGAAGUAACUCAGAUAAACCUGUGGAAUCAACCGGUCUGGCGCCGUCUCCAGUCCUUACUGGCAUAACUGUGGAUAAAUCAGUGGAGUUCUCAUAUGAAGAACUUGCCCAGGCUACUGAUAACUUCAGUAUGGCUAAUAAGAUUGGCGAAGGUGGCUUUGGGUCUGUGUACUAUGCAGAACUGAGAAACGAGAAAGCUGCAAUCAAGAAAAUGGACAUGCAAGCUUCGAAAGAAUUUUUUGCUGAACUAAAGGUUUUAACACAUGUUCAUCACUUGAACCUGGUCCGAUUAAUUGGAUAUUGUGUUGAGGGUUCUCUUUUCCUUGUUUAUGAGUACAUUGAGAAUGGAAACUUAAGCCAACAUUUGCGUGGCUCUGGGAGGGAUCCAUUGCCAUGGUCUGCUAGGGUGCAAAUUGCCCUUGAUUCAGCUAGAGGCCUUGAAUAUAUACAUGAGCAUACUGUUCCUGUUUAUAUUCAUCGUGAUAUUAAGUCAGCAAAUAUAUUGAUUGACCAGAACUUCCGUGGAAAGGUUGCAGAUUUUGGGUUAACAAAACUAACAGAGGUUGGAAGUGGAUCGCUCCCGACACGUCUUGUGGGUACAUUUGGAUACAUGCCACCAGAAUAUGCACAAUAUGGCGAUGUUUCUCCAAAAGUGGAUGUUUAUGCCUUUGGAGUUGUCCUUUAUGAACUUAUUUCUGCGAAGGAUGCUAUUGUCAAGAUAAAUGGUUCUAGUACUGAAACAAGGGGCCUUGUUGCUUUGUUUGAAGAUGCUCUUAAUGAACCUGAUCCUAAAGAAGAGCUUUGCAAAUUAAUUGACCCAAGGCUUGGGGAUAACUAUCCAGCUGAUUCAGUCCGAAAGAUGGCCCAGCUUGCCAAGGCAUGCACACAAGAGAAUCCUCAUUUGCGUCCAAGUAUGAGAUCUAUUGUGGUUGCCUUAAUGACUCUUUCAUCCUCAACAGAGGAUUGGGAUGUUGGCUCCUUCUAUGAAAAUCAAGCUCUUGUCAAUUUGAUGUCAGGAAGAUAGAAGCUAUGCUCAUCAAGCACUACAGAGGUUCUCCUUUCUUUUUUUUUUUCCCUUUUUUCUUUUUUUUUUUCUUUUUUGAGAAAUUUUAGAAUACAAUCGUUGUAUGUAUAACGAUUUUAUUAUGACAAUUGAUUAUGGUGGAUCUCAUUUGGAUCCCUAAAUCAUAAUCAAUGAUCAAAAUAUAUUUGUUAUAUAUAUAACGAUUGCACUGAAUAAAUUCUCACUUGCAACACUUGUGAUAUUUCACUCCCACAUAAAUAUGUUGUUUGUAAAUGUUUAGUUGAAAAUUGUGGAAGCAACAUAGAAUUGUAUUAAUCAUUUUGAUAAGUUCAUAGAAAGGUUUUUACUUUUCUUUUACCCUUGAAAAA